AUGGAAGCAACGUAUUGUUCAACCAUAACCAAAACAAAAUGUGGUAAUCAGGGCGUAUUAGAAAGAGAUAAACCUCUGGCCAUUAAGGAGAUCCACCACUAUGAUUUUUCAAGAUGCAAUAGCCCCAAGAGCAUACUGGAUGCCAACAGCCAGUUUAGUGAGUCUACUUCUUUUUCCUCGGAAGAUUUAGAUGCUAGUGAAGGCAGCAGUCUAUCCGAAGAAGAUUUAUCAUACUUUAAAGAACUAUUGUCUUUUGCACUGGAAUCACCUCCAUCAAGCAAAAAGUCUGUUUCAAAAUCUGAAGCUGGAUAUAAUUAUGGUUCAGACAAUCAUGGCCAUGAUGAUAAAACAUAUACUCUGUUUCCUUCUUCUGCACCAUGCCCGCCAUUAAUGAAUUCCCAGCCAUCCGGUAAUAUCUACAGGAGUUUUAAUUCCUUUACGGAUAGGCCAAUUGCUGUACCUCCUUACCCUGCCAUGGAUUCUCUCAAAAAGGACUCACUAAACUGCCCUGCAAAAAUUCCAGCAUUUGAAGCUUCUCAUAAAUGCUCAGUUCGAUCCCCACAAUACACAUAUCCAUGCCCCCUAUUUUCAGCCAUGGAAAACCAGCUUGGCUACAUUAAAGACAGCAACUUCCCCAUCUCGCCGAAGCCCGAAAUCAAUAUGAAGCCUCCCAACUUUCCAAUUUUCCGUCCCCCGUCAUCUGCAGUAGCACUAUUAAAUUAUUAUGAAAGGAACAAUAUGGCCGGGCCCUUUAAUAAUGUAGGAAUCCUGCCAAUUUGGUAUUCUGAUCCAUACAGGCCUCCUCCUCCUCUUGUUAAUCACUGCUCAGCUCCAGUACCCUUCAAAGUUCCUUCGAAUCGAUUUACAAAUGGAGGAGAACAUAAUUUACAGCAGCUGCUUUACAAUUUCAGAAAAAGCAAAGCAAACUCAGGAUAUUCAAUAGAGACUUUUGAGAGAGAAUUACAGGAGCUGCUAAGAGGGAGAAGGAAACCAAUACGUAUCUCUGUUCUGCCUGCCAUGUAUGAAGAGAGGUUCCACAGACCUAUUAACAGCUCUCAUGAGAAAUUGACUGCUUUGCUUUCUAAGUGCAGAAAUAUUGUUCUGGUAUACAGACAAGGAGGACAACAUGUGAUGAUGCUAAAGCAUGAUGAAUCUGUACCUGCUGCAAAAGUCUCAAGAAGAACAAAUAGAUCUCUAGACCCCAGAAGUAGAAAAGUAUAUCUCACAUUUCCUCCUGGUUCUACAUUCACAUCAGAUGAUGCUGAGGCUUAUUUCAGGCAAUUCGGAGCUGUGAGAGGAGUGCGAAUGUCGCAUGAAGAGCCACCCACUUAUGCAUUUGUGGAGUUCUAUACUUGUGAAGGGGCAUUGUCAGCUCUGUGCAAUACAAAGGCUCAUUCUAUCAGUGGUCAGAAAGUCAUGGUGAAGCCUUACAGGCAAUCUCAAACUUCAUAAUCUGAAUUCUCUCUUCCUCCGCAUAUGUUAACUUAAUAUGUUUUAUGUUUGCCCUGUGAAUCUAAUGGGCAAUUAGUUUACAGAUUACUGCUACUGGCAAUGGAUAUGAUAAUCCGCUCUCAUAUUCACUUUUAUAAAUACAACUCAAUUGCAUGCUCAACUUUGUGUAGAGAUUGUUUUCCACUUGAAGGGAGUUCCUUGG